UUUUGCCAAGAACUGCAUUAUUCUGUUCAGAAAAUGAGAGCGUUUGGGCCGGCCCGAGUUACAAGUUAGACAAGGCCCAAACCCAAAAGCCUAAAUUCUCCGACCUCCGUCCGCUCCCUAGAUUCCUUCGAGAACGUUCAUUCGGUCGCCGCCGCCGCGCCGCAAACUCCGCCCCCCCCCCCCAAGUCCGAAACCGCACCUCGCCCGGCGACAUGGCAACCUCCGCCCCCGCCGACGCCCCGUCUCCACCCGCUCCUCAGCCGCAGCCCGAGUCCGCACGGAAGGCGGUCCGCGUGGUGGUGAAGGGCCACGUCACGGGGGUGGGGUUCCGCGACUGGACCGCCUCCACGGCCGAGUCCCUCGGCCUCGCCGGCUGGGUCCGCAACCGCCGCGACGGCUCCGUGGAGGCCCUCCUGUCCGGCGAUCCCGCGAAGAUCGAGGACAUGAUAACCCGCCGCUUCCCGGUCGGGCCCCCCGCCUCCACCGUCACCGCCGUCGUCCCAUCCCCGGCCGAGCCCGUCGAUCCGUCCGCCGGGUUCGAGAUCAAGUUCACCGUGUGAUCCACCCGUCCCGCGGCCGGUUCGCGUCUCGCCGCGCGUUCUUGGAUCGGUAUGUACUCCUAGUAAAGAUCAGAAGGUUCACCUAGUACUCCCUAGCUGCUCUGCAAAAGCUCUGCUUGGGGAGUUCAUGUCAAAAUAUUGUGUGUGCAAACCUGUUUCCUACUUCUAGGUGGCUUCUUGUUCUUGAAUAAUGCAUUAAACUAUUGACUUCUAAUGAACUGUCAGAUGUGCCAUGAUUCAAGAUCGAAUUGUUUCUGAAAUUA